AACCAAGUAAGCUGAAGCCUGAAGAAACCUCCACCUACCUUCGAAGACGUCUAUAAGGGCAACAUCUGGCUUAUACUUUAGAUCCAUCCUAUCGUUAUCAUUGAUACGCCGAGUAUGCCUCCGAUCCGAACCUCCCGCAACCGCAAACCACCUCCGGCGGGGUUCGAUGACAUCGAGGAUACACUGCUUGAGUUUAGUAACAAGAUGAAAGACGCAGAGAAUGCGCCGCAUGACGGCAAGAAAAGACAUGAGAUGCUGUGGCCAAUUUUUCAAAUAACCCAUCAACGCUCCAGAUAUAUCUACGAUUUAUAUUACGAAAAGGAAGCUAUAUCAAAGCAACUAUAUGACUGGCUUCUUAAGAACAACUAUGCGGAUGCUAACUUAAUUGCUAAAUGGAAGAAGCAAGGUUAUGAAAAGCUUUGUUGUCUCCGUUGCAUUCAAACCAAGGAAACGAAUUUUAAUGCAACAUGUAUUUGCCGCGUUCCAAAGGCCCAACUGAAAGAGGAUCAAAUGAUGCAAUGCGUUAGUUGUGGAUGUCGAGGUUGUGCCAGUAGCGAUUAGCAUUGAUCUGCCGACACUAUCCCGGGGGUUCAAGCUUGGGGGCAUAAAAAAGGAAAAGAAAAAAAAGUCAGAAAUGUUCCCAUGCACAUGGUUGAAAUCGGGAUUCACGG